GGUCCAAUUGGACUGCUUUCUAAUCCAACACCAACUGCGAGCGGAGAGGGGUUAUGAGACCCUCCGCUUCCGUUAAGAUGUUUGAUGCUUAUUCCUCUGCACGAAAGUAUAAAUCCGAACCGUGACCCUCUGUUGUGCAUGUUGCCCCACAGAAACAACUAUAUUCUUCACUUGCUCUUCACAUAUCCCUGAUUCUGCCAACUCCUCAUAACUUAUUCAGCAUUUUAUACAUCUUUUGACAACCGUUAUCCCUCUACGAGCUCAAUUCGGAAACACAAUGGCCAAGAUUCUGACCGUGUUUGGUGCGACGGGGAACCAAGGCGGUUCCGUCGUUCGAGCAGUCCUUGAGCACCCUAUUCUGUCAAAAAGCUACAAAAUUCGUGCAGUCACUCGAGAUCCAACCAAGCCAAAUGCCAAGGCUUUGAGCGAUAAGGGUGCAGAGGUGGUCAAGGCCGACCUCUCAGAUAAGGCUUCUGUGGUCCAAGCAGUUAAAGGCUCACACGCCGUGUUUGGCGUCACCAACUUUUGGGAGAACCCGCCGUCGAAGCAGAGGGAGUAUACUCAGGGAAAACACAUUGCGGAUGCGUCAAAAGAGACCGGUGUCGAGCACCUAAUUUGGUCAACUCUGCCGCAUGCCUCGACAUUGACUGGCGGAAAGCUUAGUGGUGUAACGCACUUUGACAGCAAAGCUGAGGUUGCUGAAUACAUUGAGCAACAAGGGAUCCCCGCCACAUUUUACCUGCCGGCAUGCUUCAUGUCGAAUAUAACCGGCUCCUUGCAAAAGACUGGUGCCGGAUAUUCCUUGAAUUAUCCUUUCACGCCGACUACUGUUAUUCCUUGCAUCGAUGUCGUUGCAGAUACUGGUAAAUUUGUUGCGGCAGCCCUUGCCAAUCCCUCAGCAUUUAUAGGCAAGAAAAUACUUGGAGUUACGGGCUGGUACACGCCGAACGAUAUCAAGGCAGCAUUUGAAGAAGCGACUGGCAAGCAACUUGAGUACAACGAAAUUUCGGUCGAGACCUUCCGCAGCUUUUUGCCUGAUUUCAUGGCCGAGGAGCUCGGCGAAAAUUUCCUUCUCAUCAAAGAUUAUCAAUACUAUGGUCCUGGAACAGAGAAGAAGAUUGGAGAGUCUCUAAAGGUUCUUCAAGAGGUCGGCGAAUCGCCUACCGGACUGAAGGAGUUUUUCUCGCAAGCCAAACUACCCUGAGCGUUGCUAUUUAGCGCGAAGGUUUUCUGAAAACGCGAACCUGUUUCAUCCUUCUUUCUCUAUUAAUGCACGUGCGAUCAUUACGAUCUUUGGUAACAUACGUCCAUUGCUCUACUUGAUUGCAGUUGGCAUGCGCCAUGAUUAUUAUUACUUUCCGACAUAAUGAGAGCUAGC